CUGUUUUGUUUAAAAGGCACGGAGGAAGAACUGGAGAGCUACAUUGCAACGCAGCAUUACUGAAGACAGCAAGCAUGGACACGACUACAGAAGGACAUGGAAAGACAACCCCAGGCAGUUCCCCAGAGUUGAAGAGGGUCCUGGUUGAGAAGACUGGAGUUGGGAAAAGUGCCUCAGGAAACACCAUCCUGGGCAAAAAGGAGCUCGGGGAUGUGGCAGCAAAUGCGCAUGAAAACACCCCAGAGUUGAGGAUAGUGCUGGUUGGGAAGACUGGAGUUGGGAAAAGUGCCUCAGGAAACACCAUCUUGGGCAAAAAGGCAUUUACUUCAAAAACCAGCGACUCCUCAGUUACAAAAGAAUGUGAGAAGAGAGAAGUAGUUGUUUCUGGGAGAUGUGUUGUUGUGGUCGACACUCCAGCCUUCAGCACAAAGGCUGUGGAGUGCAUUGCUCUGUCUGCCCCGGGACCCCACGCUAUUCUCCUGGUGAUUGAGGUGGGCCGAUUCACAGAUGAAGACAAGAGAACAGUGGAGACAAUCCUGAGGAGGUUUGGAGCAGAAGCUAAGAGAUACAUGAUGGUCCUUUUCAGCCAUAAGGACAAACUGGAAGAUGAGACGAUUGAGGAGUUCAUUCAGAGAGCCAGCAAGGAGCUCCGGGAGCUUGUUGAGGUGUGUGGGAGCCGGUAUCACUCCUUCAACAACAAGGAAAAGAGUGAUUGCACCCAGGUCACUGAGCUACUGGAGAAGAUAGACAGGAUGGUGAAAAAGAAUGAAGAAAGCUGCUACACCAGUGACAUGAUCACACAGAUGAAGAGUGAAGAGGACAAUGAGGAAAAAGGAAUGGACUGUCAAGAUGGAGCCAAUGAUAAGCCAACUGAUUCUGCACAUGGAAAGACAACCCCAGGCAGUUCCCCAGAGUUGAAGAGGGUCAUGGUUGAGAAGACUGGAGUUGGGAAAAGUGCCUCAGGAAACACCAUCCUGGGCAAAAAGGAGCUCGGGAAUGUGGCAGCAAGUUCUUUAUCUGGAGCCACACCUCGCGCAUCGAACAUGAGAGACAAGACGGAGUUGAGGAUUGUGCUGCUUGGGAAGACUGGAGUUGGGAAGAGUGCAGCAGGAAACGCCAUCCUGGGAAAAUGGGAGUUUGAUUCAAAACUCAGCUCCACUUCCAUAACUAAUACGUGUAGGAAGGGCACGGCAGAAGUUGCUGAGAGACACAUAGCUGUGAUUGACACUCCCGACCUGUUUGGCACAGAGCUCACUGCUGAUCAGAUUAAACAGGAGAUUGAGAACUGUGUCUCUCUGUCUGCCCCGGGACCCCAUGUUUUGCUGUUGGUGCUACAGGUGGGCCGAUACACAGAGAGAGAGAGGGAAGCAGUGAAGAUUAUUUUUGGUGAGAGUGCUGUCGGAUACAUGAUGGUUCUUUUCACCCAUGGAGACAGUCUGGAAGAUGGCAUGACAAUUGAGAAGUACAUUGAGGGAGUCAAAGGGGAUCUCCAGCAGCUUAUUGAUGAAUGUGGGGGCAGGUAUCACGUCUUUAACAAUAAAGACAAGAGCAAUACAGCUCAAGCUAUUGAACUGGUAAAUGAAAUAGGGAAGAUGGUGGAAACUAAUUGUGGGAGGUAUUACACCAUCAAUGCAUCCACCAGUCAAAAUGGAGAAGGGGAGAAGGGGAAAGUGAAGAAAGCAGGACCACUGGGUAAGAGCUUCAUAUACGGGUGUAAUCUGAUGUAAUCUGUUUAACAUCUGUGACGUGUUUAUUGAAUGUCCUCUGCAUAAUUAUUUUCUGUACCAAUAUGUGCUUGAUUUUGUAUUCUUUUUAUUUGAAGCAGUCAAUGAUUAAUAACCAAGGCUUAACAUUGUAUUCAGCUCUAUAAAUCAGUAUGAAUUUCCUUUCAGUACACCUUAUAUUGCCAUGCAUAAAAAAGCUAAAUACAAAAUGAAUUCUGAGUC